ACGUAGGCCGUGUUGGGGGGAACCAAACUGAUCGUAACUAAGAAAUGAAGUUGGUCUGAGGGAGCACACACCGAUGUGUCUGAGCUGAGCUACCGGCGUACCGCCGAGCUGUUGCGGGGUGAACAUCACAUCAAACGGGGGAAGGGUAGGCAGCCUCCCCCCGUGACGUCAAACGGAAUACCAACACCACGUGACGAUGACGUCGAUCAUAUUUUGGUGAGACACCAGGAAGUGCGGAAGAAGGCGAACCGACGAAGACCGAAACCCCAAAGCCUCAAGUUUCACUGAUACGUUUAGCUUUUCUCCGCCGACUGGCCGUUAUUAUUUCAUCGUGUAAUUGUUGGAUCCGGUAAAAAUCGCUUCAAGAUGUCGGCAAUGGAAAAACAGCUCUUCAAUUUAAAGUUUGCUGCCAAAGAACUCCAAAGAAACUCCAAGAAAUGUGACAAAGAGGAAAAAACCGAGAAGGCUAAAAUUAAGAAAGCCAUCCAGAAGGGCAAUAUGGAAGUGGCAAGGAUCCAUGCGGAGAACGCCAUCCGACAGAAGAACCAGUCGGUGAACUUCUUGAGGAUGAGUGCUCGGAUAGAUGCAGUGGCAGCAAGGGUCCAAACUGCCGUCACAAUGAACCAGGUCACAAAAUCUAUGGCUGGAGUGGUGAAAGGCAUGGAUGCAACUCUGAAAUCUAUGAAUCUGGAAAAAAUUUCAGGCCUCAUGGACAAAUUUGAGCGCCAAUUUGAAACUCUGGAUGUUCAGACCGCCCAUAUGGAGGACACAAUGAGCAGCACAACAACACUCACUACGCCACAGAAUCAAGUGGACUCAUUGAUGCAUGAACUGGCAGAUGAAGCAGGAUUGGACCUGAACAUGGAGCUCCCCCAGGGACAGACCGGAUCCGUGGGCACCAGUGUGGCUUCUGCAGAGCAGGAUGAACUUUCUCAAAGGCUCGCCAAACUCCGAGAUCAAAUGUGAAGGAGGACUACAGUGGACUGGGACCAUCCUUCCCAGCUGCAAAACGCUACUAGAAUAUUACUCCCAAACAACUUUUACUGACAUCAUGUCUUUUCCCCUCUUUACAUCUCGUGUUUCUUCAGAGCGGCGCUAUUGUUAUUGUUUUGGCCCUG